AUGAUUUGGCGAAUCGUUCUCUCUCUGCUGCUCGCGUUUAUCCAAGCUUUAGCUAUCGGGGCAUCCACGAAUUCCAACGACCAUGCUGCGUUGAAAGCGUUGAAAGAUACGUGGACUAACGUCCCACCGAAUUGGGUCGGGUCGGAUCCUUGCGGAGAUGUUUGGGACGGGAUUACGUGCAAGAACGAUCGCGUCGUGUCCAUCACGUUAGCGAGCAUCAACUUGAUCGGUCAACUAUCAUCGGACAUUUCGGGAUUGACCGAGUUGCAGACCUUGGACUUGUCAUACAACAAAGGCAUGACCGGAUCUCUUCCUUCGGGAAUCGGAGACGUUAAGAAACUAUCGAGCUUGUCGCUUAACUCGAACAACUUUAUUGGUUCAAUACCACCUUCCAUCGGUAAUUUGUUAAAUCUUUAUUGGCUUGAUUUAGCCGAUAAUAAGCUUACCGGAACAAUCCCCGUCUCUGACGGAACCUCACCUGGUCUCGAUAUGCUCAUCCAUACAAAGCACUUCCAUUUCGGAAAGAAUCAGUUGUCCGGUGUAAUACCACCCCAGCUGUUUCACUCAAAUUUGACUCUUAUACAUUUGCUUUUCGAAAACAAUCAGCUAACUGGAAGUAUCCCUUAUACAAUGGGGCUUGUAGAUAAACUUGAAGUUGUGCGGCUCGAUAGGAACUCACUGAGUGGACCAGUUCCCUCAAACUUCAACAACCUCACCUCUGUCCAGGAGCUGGACAUGAGCAAUAAUUCAUUCGAUGUAACGGAUAUUCCGCCAUGGUUUUCAUCUUUGCAGUCCAUGACUUCACUGGUAAUGGAAAACACAAAACUUCAAGGAUCACUUCCAGUUUCUAUGUUUAGCCUUUUCCAGUUGCAAACUGUGUAA